UAAGCGGCUUUCAUAAAGCGUGUGAAUGACAUUGACGAGGUUGUUGAAGAAGGGAAAGCUGGAAGCAGACAACUUUCCCCCAGUAUCUCAAGGACAGACAGAAUGCAGUGAAAGAAUAUUCAGUUCUAGUUGAGUGGGAAUGUGAGAUUACGGUUCAAUACCUUACUCUGACUUUCCAAUCACUUGCCUCUGCUACUGGAGUUGGAGAACGGAUUUUUAAGAAGCUUGUUAAGCAAAGAACCGUUUUGUGGCCAUGAAUCCCUCUGUGAAUAAGCUGCCAGACGGGUCACAAAUUAUUGGCACCACCACAACAGUUCAGCCGAUUGCCAUUCAGCAGCCCAUAGGAGUCCGGCAGCAGAUCCCAGCAACGAUCCCGGGAACUCCCACACAGGCUGAGACUAAGGUACUGGACAAGAGACGUCUACAAGAGCUGGUCAAGGAGAUAGAUCCCAUGGAACAGCUGGACGAUGAUGUGGAAGAGGCCUUGUUGAAUAUUGCUGACGACUUUAUAGACAGCAUUGUGACUUCUGCCUGUCAAAUAGCCAAGCACAGGAAGUCCAGUACACUAGACGUCAAAGAUGUUCAACUACAUUUAGAACGUAACUGGAAUAUGUGGAUUCCUGGAUUUGGAUUGGAUGAUCUGAAGCCGUAUAAAAAGUCUGCAGCCACCGAGGCUCAUAAACAGAGGAUGGCACUUAUCCGAAAAACUCUCAAGAAAUAUUGAGUUCAAACAGUAAAACUUAUUUUCACUGGAUAGUUGUUUGAUGUGGAAGUGAAGACUUGUGAUAUUUUGAAAGUGAAAGAAGACAAAUGCUGGAACAUUGACUUACAAAUUCAUUUUUGAACAUCAAAAUCUUCAUUCAUUCUUUUCACUAUGAUGGAAUCAGUUUCAAGUUCCUGUAUAAUAUUGUUUGUGUCAGUUUUUGAGUCAUUUUACCAAAAUUUAUCAUUUUCAUCAUGUUUUGAGAUUUGAAAUAAAUGUGACAUUAAUUAUGAA